AUGGCCUCCACUGCUGGUGCAGGCGAUGCCUUUACAGAACCCACCGUCCCUCUGAUUCCUGAUGACGCUCCCGUGCAAGCACCGCAAGCAUCAGAGCCCCACGAGCGCAUCAAUGCGCCAGACUCACUCGCUGUAAACAGAGAUGCUUCGCUAACUCUGGGCACCGAUUCCCUCGUUGUUUUGGACGAAGCCCUCGUGGAUACCAAAACCGCCAAUUGCUGUAAUCUGCCUCUUCCUGGCAAGAAGAAAGCCACUCGCUCAAUACCCUUUUAUAACAUUCUCUGGGCCGAGCUCGCAGACGGCGACCAUAUUACUAUUCAAUAUGCGCAGACGGUAUCCAACAAAUCCGUUCGCCCAGCGACAAUCAGCUACCAUGUCGAUAAGCCCGAUAGCCAGUUGGUACAGGCAUGGAUAGAGAAACUCUUAGAUCGCGCAUACGGAGCGUCGCAACGGCGAAAGCGGAUCAAGGUACUCGUCAAUCCGUUUGGGGGACAGGGCGGCGCCGUCAAGAUGUACAACAAGCAGAUUGCGCCCAUCUUUGCUGCUGCAAGAUGCGAGCUGGACGUGGAGAGGACGACGCACAACGGACAUGGUGUAGAGAUUGCACAGAACAUGGAUAUUGAUGCAUUCGAUGUCGUGGCGUGUUGUUCUGGAGAUGGCAUACCACAUGAGGUCUGGAAUGGGUUGGGCAAAAGGCCAGACGCUGCAAGAGCCCUGGCCAAGAUGGCUGUCGUUCAACUACCAUGCGGUUCAGGCAAUGCCAUGAGUCUCAACUUCAACGGGACGAAUGAUCCAAGCAUAGCUGCCUUGGCCAUUGUCAAAGGUCUACGCAUGUCGCUAGAUCUCUCGUCAGUGACCCAGGGCGGCCGGCGCACACUCUCUUUCCUUUCCCAGUCCCUCGGUAUCGUCGCCGAAUCCGAUCUCGCAACAGAAAACCUGCGAUGGAUGGGCAGCGCCCGCUUCACCUGGGGUAUCUUGAUGCGACUCCUCAGCAAAACCGUGUACCCCGCCGACAUUGCCGUCAAAGUCGAGUACGACAACAAAGCCGCCAUCCGCGAAGUCUACCGCGCCGAAGCCGCCAAACCACCUGGCAGCAACGAAACCGCCACCCUCCCUGCCGCCGACGCAGGCUUACCCCCUCUCAAAUACGGCACAAACACCGACCCACUACCAGAAGGUUGGGAACUCAUCCCCCACGACAAAAUCGGCAACUUCUACGCUGGAAACAUCGCCUACAUGUCCGCCGACGCAAACUUCUUCCCCGGCGCCCUCCCCUGCGACGGCUGCCUCGACCUCGUCCGCAUCCGUGGCGACCUCCCCCGCGUCACCGCCAUCAAAACCCUCUUGUCGAUCGAAAACCACACCUUUUUCGAUCUUGCCCAUGUGGAUUACCAGAAAGUCAGUGCAUACCGCAUUAUUCCGCGCGACCAGAAGGAUGGGUAUAUUAGUAUUGAUGGUGAGAGAGUGCCCUUUGAUGGCUUCCAGGUUGAGGUGCAUAAGGGGUUGGGGACUACGUUGAGUAAGAAUGGGCAUUUGUGUGAGGCUAAGGGGGUUUGA